AUGUAUUCGAGACGCGCGCAGUUGCUCAAGUGUGCUUUUCCAAUAGUGAAAACACAUGGAUUCACUCGAGAAGCAUUGGCUCGCUCAGCCCUGUCUCUCCCUGAGCCUCACCCGGAACCUCUUUCUGAGGCCGCUGUAUCAGCUCUCUUUGGGGACGGUGACCACGCGCGCAGAACGCUCAUAAACGCCUGGCUAGACGACGCGCGUUUGCAAAUGCGCUCCGCACCGUCACCAGUCAUCAAGGACGUGUUAAGCACGCGGUUACGAUGCAACGAGCCUGUUCUCGGGUACUUACCGGAGGCAUGUAAUGCAUAUGCAUUACUCGUCUCCCCGACCUCAGGUCUACCUCCUGUUGAUCCCAGGCCAGUUCUUCACCACGCUGCCCAUGUAGCUGAUGAAGCGUGUCAUGUAGUUGGUGACACGAGCAUAGCCUGGUAUGCACGCCGCGCGUCCGUGGCAGCCAUCUAUACUGCAGCGGAGCUACACCAACUCACCUCCCCCAAGACGGCAUAUGAGUUCCUAGAGAGUCUGCUGCAUUCCUCACAGAGAGUCGAGUCCGCGAUACAUGACGUCGGCACCUAUUCGAAUUACAUCGGGCGGAGUUGGGCAGGCUUGAUAAAAAGCAGUGGUAUAUUCUGA